AUGGCCUCCAAUCCUCCAGGUGAAUGCUGUAAAACCGGUUUCUUCCGUACUGGUAACCCUCAAGGGUCAGUGAAGGAAGUCUUUGGUCUUGCUUCUUAUGUUGUUGGUGAAGAAUUCAAUAGUGAUAGAGUUCUUGUUAUUAUUACUGAUAUUUUUGGUAAAGACAUCCACAACACUCAAUUGGUUGCAGAUGAGUUAUCCAAGAACGGGAAAUACCAAGUUUACGUUCCAGAAAUAUUUGGUGGUGAUCCUUAUUUAAUUGAUGAUUCAAGAGAUUUAAUGGAAUGGGUAGGUGGUAAAUUACCUUUAAUUGGUCCUCUUAUUAAAGAGUAUCUCACCAAGUUGAAUGCUGAGUUAAAGCCUAAAUUCAUUGGUGGUGUUGGUUACUGUUUCGGAGCUAAAUUUGUUGUUCCUCAAAUGGCUAAAGAUGGAUUUUUCAGUGCUGGUGCAAUUGCCCAUCCAUCUUUUGUUUCUGAAGAGGAAUUGGGAGCUAUUGUCAAACCGCUUUUAAUUAGUGCUUGUUAUACUGAUAAAAUCUUUACUACUGAGCUUCGUGCCAAGAGUGAAGAGAUCUUAAACAAGUUAAGUGAAGAUAUUGAUCUUGAUUGGAGACUCAACUUAUUCCCCAAGGUUGUCCAUGGGUUCGCUGUUAGAGGAGAUAUUUCCAACCGUGAUGUUCGUUACGCAAUGGAAUCUACAAUUAAAGACCAACUUGAAUGGUUUGCUAGAUAUUGA